AUGACAAGUAUUCAAAAUCAAAAUCAAAAUCAAAAUCAAAUUCAAAUUCAGUGUGAGACUGAACCCAAAACCCUAAACACAAACCCUUAUCCUCCCCCAACUGCUCUCUACUCUGACCUUGUUCGUGACGCUAAUCUCUUUAGGGAAACGCUUCAAUCUUUUCAUGAUUCAUUUGGUACCAAAUUAAAGAUUCCUACUAUAGGAGGGAAGCCACUAGAUCUUCAUCACCUUUUUAUCGAAGUAACAUCUCGUGGUGGUGUGGAAAAGGUAAUUGUAGAUCGUAAAUGGAAGGAAGUAAUUAUGACCUUCAACUUCCGCGAUACCAUAACAAGCGCAUCAUUCAUGGUGCGCAGGUACUAUCUAUCAUUGCUUUAUCACUUUGAGCAAGUGUAUUAUUUAGGGAAGCAAGCCCCUCCUUCACCACCUAGUGCUCUGAGUGGGAACCUCGCCAAUAGCUCCUCAACCAACAAGGAGGGUGCUGCUAUCAAUGAUUCACCUCGUCAGGUUAGUACAGCACAGACAAUUGGCACUUCAUUGCAUGGGACAAUUGACGAGAAAUUUGACGGUGGAUAUAUAGUUACAGUGGACCUAGGUUCUCAACAGCUGAAAGGUGUCCUAUAUCAUGUUUCAAGUAAUGUAUCUCAAAGUUCAUAUGCUAAAGGUUUAUCAGGAGAAAGGGUUGAGAGAUGA